AUGUUCUCGGCUGCCUCGGAAAGCCAGCCGUUGAUAAAAUCGCCAUGGAAGCUCUAUGCAUUCCCGCUGGACAACCGGAGCGGCGCAUCGCCAGACCAGCCGUCGGGCAGGACAUCGGACGUGUCGAAAGCGGACCGAGAACCGCAACUGGGGGAUGCGUUUUCAUCCCAUCAGGGCAUCGGUUCGCGUUCACCAGCCACGCGCGGCUGGAGUGCCCGCUCUCCAGGGUUGUCGGGUUGA